AUGGAGAGUUUGUGGCCCACAGAAGUGAACGAGAAUGGCACUGGGCGGGUGUUUGAGGUGUCCCUGCAGAAUGGCUCAUCGAAAAACAGUCCCCAGUUCGAAGGCGUGGAGCUGCUGCAGUUGUUCAAGCCACUCAUCAUCCCCUGCUACACGGUGGUGGCUCUCGUGGGCGUCUUAGGAAAUUACUUCCUUCUCUAUGUUAUCUGCCGAACUCGCAAGAUGCACAAUGUCACAAACUUCUUCAUUGGAAACCUGGCCUUUUCCGACAUGCUCAUGUGUGCAACGUGUGUACCUUUCACCUUGGCUUACGCCUUCAAUCCCCACGGCUGGGUGUUUGGACGAUUCAUGUGCUACUUGAUCUACCUCAUCCAGCCUGUGACUGUCUAUGUGUCGGUCUUCACUCUCACUGCAAUUGGCGUGGACCGAUACUAUGCCACUGUACACCCUCUGAAGAAGCGGCUCUCCGUUUUGUCCUGCACAUACCUUCUGACUGGGAUCUGGCUGCUUUCCUGCAGCCUGGUGGCACCGGCUGUAGCUCACACAUACCAUGUGGAGUUUAAGAAUGAGGGUUUCACCAUCUGUGAGGAGUUCUGGAUGGGUCAAGAGCACCAGCGUUUGGCCUAUGCAUACAGCACCCUGUUUGUGACCUAUGUGCUGCCUCUGUCUGCGCUCUGUAUUUCUUACCUAUGCAUCUCGGUCAAACUGAGGAACUGUGUGGCACCAGGACAUCUCACUGAGGGCCAGGCAGAGGCCCAGCGAAUGCGCAGAAGAAAGACCUUUCGGCUGGUUAGUCUGGUGGUGGCUGCGUUUGCCAUCUGUUGGAUGCCAAUUAGUGUGUUCAAUGUGUUGAGAGACAUAGACAUUGGUUUGAUAGACAAAAGGUACUUUCUGCUCAUUCAGCUGCUCUGUCACCUGUGUGCUAUGAGCUCCUCCUGCUGUAACCCUUUUCUGUACGCAUGGCUACAUGACCGCUUCCGCGCUGAGCUGAGAAAAAUUUUCACAUGCCGCCGCCGCCGAAUCGGAAUCUCCACCAAUAACUGCGCCACUGGUAGCGUUGUCUAG